GUGGUGAGGUGACAGCUAUUGAACUAUGGCAUUCAACAAGAUUUGGUGUACCGUAGCCCUUGGACUUCUGCUGCCUUUUUCUUACGCCCAUACGGACUUCUUCACUUCCAUUGGUCAUAUGACAGACUUAAUUAAUACAGAGAAGGAUCUGGUAGUGUCACUGAAAGAUUACAUCAAGGCAGAAGAAAGCAAGCUGGAACAGAUCAAAAAAUGGGCAGAGAAAUUGGAUCAGCUGACAGAUACUGCUACAAAAGACCCAGAGGGGUUUUUGGGACAUCCUGUAAAUGCAUUUAAGUUGAUGAAGCGGCUGAACACAGAGUGGGGUGAGCUGGAGAGCCUGGUUCUGAAGGACAUGUCAGAUGGCUUUAUCUCCAACAUGACUAUCCAGCGGCAGUUUUUCCCAAAUGACGAAGAUCAGACUGGUGCAGCAAAAGCCCUCUUGCGGCUUCAAGACACGUAUAAUUUGGACACAGACACACUCUCAAGAGGGAAUCUUCCAGGUGUGAAGCACAAAUCCUUUCUAACAGCUGAAGAUUGCUUUGAGCUGGGAAAGAUUGCCUACACUGAAGCUGACUACUACCACACUGAGCUCUGGAUGGAACAAGCUCUGAAACAGCUGGAUGAGGGAGAAGUGUCUUCUGCAGAUAAAGUCUACAUUCUGGACUACCUGAGUUACGCCGUGUAUCAGCAGGGGGAUCUGGACAAAGCCAUGAUGCUCACCAAGCGCCUCCUGGAACUGGAUCCUGAACAUCAAAGAGCAAACGGGAACAUGAAAUAUUUUGAAUACAUCAUGGCUAAAGAAAAAGAAGCAAAUAAGUCCAGUACAGAUUCAGAAGACCAGCUGGAGAAGGAAACUGAGGUUAAGAAAAAGGAUUACCUGCCCGAGAGAAGGAAGUACGAAAUGCUGUGCCGUGGGGAGGGUCUCAAAAUGACUCCUCGGAGACAAAAAAGACUCUUCUGCCGCUACUACGAUGGAAACAGGAAUCCUAGAUACAUCCUGGGCCCUGUCAAACAGGAAGACGAGUGGGACAAACCUCGUAUUGUUCGCUUCCUCGACAUCAUCUCCGAUGAAGAGAUCGAAACUGUGAAAGAACUAGCAAAGCCAAGGCUGAGCCGUGCUACUGUUCAUGACCCUGAGACUGGGAAACUGACCACAGCACAUUACAGAGUCUCUAAGAGCGCUUGGUUGUCUGGAUAUGAAAGCCCUGUGGUAUCUCGCAUUAACACAAGGAUACAGGACCUAACAGGACUUGAUGUCUCCACAGCAGAGGAACUACAGGUAGCCAACUACGGAGUAGGAGGCCAGUAUGAGCCUCAUUUUGAUUUUGGAAGGGUAAGUCCUGUUUCCUGUCUCCACCUCUUUCUUCUUCACAAGCACUGUGUUUCUCUUUUUCAGGUGGCAAAUUACGGAGUGGGAGGACAGUAUGAACCCCACUUUGACUUUGCACGGAAAGAUGAGCCAGAUGCUUUUAAGGAAUUGGGAACAGGCAACAGAAUUGCUACUUGGUUGUUUUAUAUGAGCGAUGUGUCAGCAGGGGGAGCUACUGUCUUUCCUGAAGUAGGAGCUAGUGUUUGGCCUAAAAAGGGAACAGCUGUAUUCUGGUACAAUCUCUUUCCGAGCGGAGAAGGAGAUUACAGCACGCGACAUGCGGCCUGCCCAGUACUAGUUGGAAACAAAUGGGUAUCCAAUAAAUGGCUCCACGAGCGGGGACAGGAAUUCCGAAGGCCAUGCACUUUAUCAGAGUUGGAAUGAUGCAGACUCCUCUUUUGUCUCUUCUGUAUUCAGUCUGUGUAAAAUGCACACAUCUCCUACAGUUUACAAUUGACUAACACUCCACUACAGGUUCAGUCUUCAACUACACCGGUGUUUCAUCUGUGGACAAAACAAACUUGUUUUUAGUUCCCUCUAAAAUAUCCCCUUAAGGUUUUAUGAACAGAAUAUAUUGAUUUUUAAGGUCUAUGAGUGUUACAGAAAACAAAAGGACAAAAUACAGAUCAGGGCCACAACUAACAGCCGUAUUGUGUGUGGUGUUCCCUUACCAUCGCCCGUCUGAUCAGCAUAGAAAGCCAGUGAUUGCUCGCUUAGAGUCCUCCUCGCAACUGUCAGUCUGCUAAGGGAGGGAUGAUUUCACAGGAGGGCUCCCUUCUAAGAAAGGCUGAAUUAAACCAGUUCAUCCUCAAUUUCCAGACAUUCGCCUCCUCACUUUUUUAGAGUGCCUGACCGCUACUGUUGAGAGCUGUGGGCAUGGUUGGUGUUUCUCUGGGGAACGAGUUAUUACAAUGUUUUAGCUUGGUUUUCCACUUCCACAAAAGCCCCAAUUCUUAAACUGUCUUCCUUCUCAGCCUGUGCGGUGAAUUUGGCUCUUAACCUUGAAAACGUGAGCCAGCAGUUACAUACGCAUAGAUGAGAUGCUUCAGCAGUGUUGUCACACACGUGCCUGCAUCAGAGCAGCCUGACAACAAUUACAGCCCAUCUUCCCUCCUUCUCCUUUUUUUUUUUUUCUUUAAUGUGUGUCCACAUAAACAAAUGCUGCUUUUAUUCUGUCUUAGUAGUCAACUCUUACAUCUGCUCCUUGGGCAGCGGGGAUGGGAAUGUUACCAUCUUCGUUAAUCAAAGUAGUUGUGCCUUAGGACACUGGAAUUUCAAAUUGGUUAUGAGACUUCAGGUGAUGAGGUGAUACACAGUCCUCACGGAAUGCUCUCCACCCUCGUCCUCCCAGCUCUUAAGGUUUUGUGAGAAAUAGAUGGCCUAUUUAUAAUCCUAAAUCUUUUUUAGAUGCUUUUUAUUUUGCAAAUGAUUUUUUCUGCUGCGGAUGCUGAAUGCAGGCUGUAGCAGUGACAUGCCUUCAGUCACGGGGCAGCUGUUUGCACAGGAUGCCAGAGAAGGUGCCUGUGCUGGACAGUUUGGUGUCACUUACCUUGCAGAGGCCACCUCCACUGCAGUGAUGCACCUUGCGCUGCCUCCCCUCUCCUUAGCUGUCCCCGGCGCUCGUGAGAGCGAGGAAGCGCUGGGAAGGGCCCUCCCUCCAGAGGCUCUGGUGCUGCUCACUUCACUGCUGCUCUUCCCACGAGCCAGGGCUGGAGCUGUUCUGAUUCGUGCCACCUACACAGAAAAAGCAUCCCCAAAGUCAGCGGUGCCCGCACUGGAAGAACUCACUCACAGUGACUUUCAGGGACCUUAGUUUGAGAUGAGUCAUCCUUACACUGAGAUGAAGUUGAAACCUCUGAGGGAGAUGAGACUGUGGCUGCUGUAGCUGUUGAACUUCUGUUCCGCUUGUCAGAUUGCUGCGGGAGGAAUAACUGCCGUCCCCGCUGCCCCCCAGCACAGGAAGAGCUAAGCAGGGUGGGGAGAGGCUGCAGGGAGGUUCGCUUUCCUAAGCCGUUUCUCUUCGACAGCAGGUUUUUUAGCAAAACGUCUUAAAUAAAUAUUCCACUAGCACAAGGACAAGAAUCAGUGAGCUGCACCAGACUCUACCUAAACAGUCUGAUUUUCUGGAUGAUGAUGGUUUUACUGAUUUAGGGGUCAAGCCUGAAGUCUUUACCAAGGAAAAAAUUCCAAUUUUAGUUAAUUGGAUUUUCUGCCUCAAUAAAAUCUUGAAAAUUGAGCCAAAAUGUAGAUGAAACCAACUGUUAACAUGUUAGAAAUACCUCUGGAAUACUGAGAAUGCAGUUUAAGGUACUAUAGUUUGAGGAACUGCAUACUUUCACAGAAGACACUUUAAAAUCUUUGCUGGAAAAUGCAUUGUUAAGUUUCUUCUGAGCCUGUUAUUGAUGGGACCUACGUAACUGUUUAUCCUUAGCCCUGCACCGUCUUGCAUUUUGCCUGUGCUUUUGGCAGGUGUGAAACAAAAAUCUAUCCAGAACUUACUUAACAAAACAAAUAAAAAGAAAAAUCAGAAAUAGUUCCACCUCAUGAUCUGUACUGCUCAUCUGUUCAAAGUAACUGGUACACUAGAGCAGUAUCUGAUAUAAAUAGAUUUACCAAAGAAAUGGGCUAUCAGAGUAUAUUUUUGAUCAAUAAAUUGUAAUCAUUAAAAAAAAACCGUAACAUUUCUACUUACCUGAGUUUUCUCCCUUUCACACAGUGUCAUUCAUCGCCUCCUAUCCAUGGUUUUCUCUUUCCCAGCUUUACUUUCUUAAGCUCCAAAAAAAGGUAACCAUGGCAGGAGGGAAGUCCUGCCACUUCCCUGCAAGUAAAAGAAGACAACGAACCGAACCGUGUGGCGUUCGGAAUCUUACCUUUGGGGCACUAAUUUUCUCUCAGUAGCUCCGAGGCAUCUAUAAAUGCUUUCAGAAAAGCCAAUCCUGCAUAGUUAAGAAGCACAAACAGAAAUCAAAGUGUUGCCACCAUGAAUACGUUUAGAAAACAGCAUCUGGUUUUGCUAGUACAGAAAAGCUGUUUUUUUCUAAAGUGAGCAGAGGAGUUACUGGGCAUUUAAAUAAUUAAAAGCUACAAGUUGUACAAUUUAUGUAAGGUAAAAGAGAAAUACUGAAUAAAAAGUGUCAGUGACUGCUUUAGGUACGGCCAUAGUGGAAGAAAACACUAUGGUCUCUUACGUGUUGAAUGAAGAAGGGAAGGGUUGAAGCAAUGAGAAAUCACAGUUUCGUUAUAUUAAGCAAUGGGGUUGGUUCCCCCCCCUCCUCGAUCUCUGUUCAGCCGCCACCAACAGAUGAAUGACAAGCUCAAGAGAAGUUGCAGAAUGUCUGGGGAAGUUUGCUAAACACUUACCUCCCUCACCUCAACUACCAUCGAGUACUUGCAGUGUUAAACGGCAUUUUAAGAACGGUCUCUAAGAGGCAUUGCUUGGGGAGUAAAAAUGUUUUAGUGCAUGACUUGUUAAAGCAGUGAAGUACUCAAUGACUUACUUGCAAUUCUUUGGGGAAGAAAAAUAGUUUGUCUUCUGACAGUGGAAAAUUUCACUUGGUUUAAAAAAAAUAAUCCCUCAAAACUGAAGUCUGCUGAGGGACAUCAGACCAAAACAUUCCAGAUUAUUAGAAAGGGUAAGCUUAUUUUGUUAAGCUGCAGCCAAUCCAUAUUUCCUCUUUCUCCACUGCAGUUGUGUUCAUGCACCUGACACUAAAUGUGUAAGGGAUUACACCAGUGGUGCUGCUGCUUUCUGCCUUACCCCUUCGUUUCUCAAAGGGCUUUUGGAUCAAGAGCGUGGCUCCUGGGUGAAUCUAGUUUUGUAUUAAAGAUGAUUGAAAACUGUUUGGCUCACAGUGACUGACAAUUGAGAAACUGCCUUACUGUUAAAUUUUUUGUAAUAAAAUUUUUAAUGUAAAAAAAAAAAAAAAGGG